AGAGAUCCACAAAAUCCCUUUGAUAGGAGUCAUGUUCUUUGUUUACGUUACUGUGUAGUCAAGAAUCUGAGAGACACACAGAGGGAAAACAAUGGCGGCCGAAGAGGAAAGCGGAGAGUUUUACCUCCGUUACUACGUGGGGCAUAAAGGGAAAUUCGGGCACGAGUUUUUGGAGUUCGAGUUCAGGCCAGAUGGGAAGCUCCGAUAUGCUAACAACUCCAACUACAAAAACGACACCAUGAUCCGUAAAGAGGUCUUCCUCACCCCUGCCGUUCUCAAGGAAUGCCGCCGCAUCAUCGCCGAGAGCGAGAUCAUGAAGGAAGAUGAUAACAACUGGCCAGAGCCUGACCGUGUUGGACGGCAGGAGCUUGAGAUUGUGAUGGGGAAUGAGCAUAUCUCUUUCACUACUUCAAAGAUUGGGUCACUUGUCGAUGUUCAGAGCAGUAAGGAUCCUGAAGGGCUUCGCAUAUUUUAUUAUCUGGUUCAGGACUUGAAGUGCUUCGUAUUCUCCCUCAUCUCACUCCACUUCAAGAUCAAGCCUAUUUGAAGAAUGAUUAUACUAUGCCAUACUGGUGUGUCACAAGGGUCGUUUCUGUUUGGAUAUAGCUGCCAUUUCUUUUUCUCUCUUUUGAUAUUCCCUUUUCAACUUGUUAAGCUAAGUGUAUGGUUGUAUGAGCUAUUACAGUGAUUUUGGAACUUUGGCCAAAAUGCAUCUGUUAUGAAGGCUUUGGUUUUCACCGUGUUUUCUUUUUGUACUCCAUAUUAGAUCCUUAAGUCUGUACUGGAUCAAGUGAAUUAGGUUGAACCUCUGAAUUGAAAUCAUAUAUGAUACUGGAUAGACUUCUUUGAUGAUGAUGUCUUCAGACCAA